AUGUCCACCGUACCAAAACCGGGCCCCGCCAACCUGCGGCCCGGCGCCGGCCUAGACGAGUGGCUCGAGGAAGCCAAGCAAUGCCACUACCUGCCCGAGAACGUCAUGAAACAACUCUGCGAGAUGGUUAAGGAGGUUCUUAUGGAGGAGUCCAACAUUCAGCCCGUCGUGGCCCCCGUGACAAUAUGCGGCGACAUCCACGGCCAGUUCUACGACCUCCUCGAGCUAUUCCGCGUCGCCGGCGGCAUGCCCGGCGAAUCGCGCGUCCAGGCCCCCGUUGCGAGCACCACGGUCAUCACCUCGGACGACAUCGAGCCGCCCACGGAGAUCACCGACCCGAAGCUGAAGAACAAGGUGCAGAACGCGGGCGGGGCCGAAGCCGAGGCCGGGGCUGAGGGCGAGGAGGGCGGGGCUAGUGGUAGUGGGGAUGGUGGUGAUCGCAACGACGAGACGAUUGCGGAGGAGAGCCCACUGGCUGCACCGCCGCCGGCUGAUGCGGGCGUGCAGUCGGUAGAAACCCGGUUUGUGUUUCUCGGGGAUUUCGUCGACCGGGGGUAUUUCAGUCUCGAAACGUUCACACUCUUGAUGUGUUUGAAAGCAAAAUUCCCCGACAGAAUCGUUCUAGUCCGUGGAAACCACGAAUCCCGCCAAAUCACACAAGUCUACGGCUUCUUCGAGGAAUGCCAGCAAAAAUACGGCAACGCCUCUGUGUGGAAGGCCUGCUGCCAAGUGUUCGAUUUUCUGGUUCUCGCCGCCAUCGUCGACGGGACGGUCCUGUGCGUGCACGGCGGACUCAGCCCAGAAAUCCGCACCAUCGAUCAAAUUCGCGUCGUCGCGCGAGCCCAGGAGAUUCCUCACGAGGGCGCCUUCUGCGAUCUGGUGUGGAGCGACCCAGAAGACAUCGAUUCAUGGGCUAUCAGCCCGCGCGGUGCCGGCUGGUUGUUCGGACACAAGGUCGCUACGGAGUUCAACCACGUCAACGGGCUCAAGACCAUCGCUCGCGCCCAUCAGCUCGUGAACGAAGGUUACAAGUAUCACUUUGCCGAGAAAUCUGUCGUCACUGUCUGGUCAGCGCCAAAUUACUGCUACCGCUGUGGAAACGUAGCCUCCAUCAUGACCGUCACCUCGGCAGAUAAUCUCGAGUCUAGUACCAAGUUUUCCAUAUUCUCUGCCGUUCCCGACAACCAACGCCACAUCCCGGGCGGCCGCCGCGGGGCCGGCGACUAUUUCUUGUAA